CCGGGUCAAGCGCCACCAUCUUGUGAUUGUGCUGGGUUCGGCCGUCGGUUUGUGUUGGGUUGCUCCGGGCUGUCUUCAACCCGUUUAAUUUCGCCUCGUCAAAUAAAGCGAAUCUCAGUGAGGAUGAGUUACGGGAGGAUGCCGCCGGAUAUCGAAGGAAUGACUUCGCUGAAGGUGGACAACUUGACGUACCGCACGUCCCCCGAGACGCUGAAGCGCGUGUUCGAGAAGUACGGUAAAGUGGGCGACGUCUACAUCCCCCGCGACCGCUUCACGCGUGAGAGCCGCGGUUUCGCCUUCGUCCGCUUCCACGACAAGCGCGACGCCGAGGAUGCCAUCGACGCCAUGGAUGGCGCCGUGUUGGACGGCAGGGAGCUGCGGGUGCAGAUGGCCCGCUACGGUCGGCCUGCCGAGUCGCACCGCAGGGGGGGAUCGUCUCGUCGGUACGCGGGCGCUUACGGCAGGAGAAGCCGCAGUCCUAGAAGACGCCGCCGAUCUCGUACGAGAUCCAGAAGUAAAAGCCGAAGUAGGUCAAGAUCUCGUUACAGCAGGUCCAGAUCGCGUUCAUUUUCUCGAUCGAGAUCUCGUUCCAAGUCUAGAUCUGUUAAAAGAUCAAGGUCAAAGUCGAAGUCGAGAUCAAGGUCCAGGUCACGAUCUAGAAGUAUAUCACGGAUGUCUCAAGGGUCAAAGUCAAAAUCCAGAUCCAAGACACCAAUUAAUUCAACUUCUCCACAGAAAGAUGGAAUUGAAUCUCCGUAAAGUGGUAAAUUGCACCAAAGUGAAUAUUCUGGGUGCCUGGAAGAAUUACAUGAUGCCUUGCAAGAAAUACCAUCUCUUGCCAUCUGUAUAGGUGAUGGAGAGACCUUCUUAAAUAAGCAGUGAUGCGUUUAAAAGGUCAUUAUAACAUAAUUGUUUAUAACAUGUUUUGACAGUUUUAAGUUAUGAAUUAAAAUUAGUGUCUGAGAAGGCUUUUAUAUGUUAUGUGCCAUCUGUGUUGCUAUUACUUCUUACAAUUUAGUGAAAUGCUCGACUUCAGAUGCAUUUUGGUUGGAUACGUACAUAAGGUAAAAAGCAUGGAAUGUAUUUCCAGGUUUUGUAAUGUUUCUUCCUGUACACAAGUAAUUAUCUUUUAAAUUUCAAUUUGCAUAUGUCUUUUUUCCAUCCUUUUUUUAUUUCAGUCCAAUACUAAUCUUAUUGUCUCAUGUAUUUUUGUGCACUAGGCGCAGUUGUGUAGCAGUUCUGUAAAGCGGGUUAGCUGUAAGGUGGCGUGUUGCAGUGCAGUGCAGAGUGCUUGGCUGUGUCCUGUAUUCUCCUGAUUGCUCCUGUAAUGAUGCCUUGACGUGCAGAAAAUAUGGCUGUCCAGUAAAAUGCCUGUCAGCUGCACCUCCAGAGACCUGGCUGCGUGUAAAUUAUGGAGCAGGCAGUAAGCACCUUUAGCUACCUUGUUUUUAUACUUGGUAAUUGGUUUAUACUUUUACACAUUAAAAUGUUUAGAAAGCUGUUAAUUUUGAACUCAAUUGUAAUUAACAGUUUGCUUGAGUAUAAAAUCCUGUAUUUCAGUAAUGUCAUUAAAGGUUUUUUCGUCGAUGUUAAUUAUUCUGCAUUUAUGACUUGAUGCUGAAUUCAAUGACUGGGAAUCAUGGGAAUUAAUGUAGCGAAUACAAAUAAUUGGUGGUGUUAAGGAUCUCAAUUUUUAAAAUUAAGUAGUUAAAAUCAUUCCAUUAUAAUACAAUUGCAAAGGUUUUGGAUUCUAGUUUUUUAAGAUAUAUUUUCAGAACAGUUAAGAGUUAAGCCUCUGCUCCAAUAAAGCAUUUUGUAACUGAGUUCUUAUACACAAAAUUAUGAUACCAAACCCCUGAGUUAAUGAUUUUAUUUAAACUUGGAUUUCAUUUGAUUGAGUUGAGCCACACCCAGAAAUUGGUUUGAAUUUUUAAAGCUAAUUUAUUCCCUUGGAAUUCUACUUGAGCUGUAUUGUAUGUGUGCUAAGUAGGUUAUUUAAUUCCUGAAAAAGUAAAGCUUAACAAACAUAAGCAUUUGUUGUUAAUAAAAAUAUUGCAAGAACUUUAAGCUUAAGCAUACAUGGGUGAGAAAUGACAACACUUAAGGUCAAAGAUUUUUUUACUCCAUCAAAAUUGGCAGAGAGUAUAAAAAGAUACUACUUUGCUGGAAGGCAGAGUUGGUGAGAACAGGGAGUGUCUGAAUGUCAGCAACUUUAGUCUGCAUAAUCACUUUAAAAGCCAACAGUUGAGGCAGAAAAGUGUUGUAUCUCCAGUAUUACAUUGUGCUCAACCAAAGGUAGAAUGCAGAACUAAAACAGUGGGAUCUUUGCAUUACAUUUCAAAUUAGGUGAAUGUUUUAGAAGUAUUUUAAAAUUAAUUACAAUAAUGUAUGAAGUUA